UGGAGAGUUACCAGGUAAAAUGCUUUGCUAAAGCCCAAAAUCAUAGCCUUUCUUUCUCGUCAAGAAGAUCUUACAGAAUCAAAAUACAUCCUCGAAGCGUCAGCCGAAUCUUGAAAAUCGACUUAUCCAUUCUUCAUCAUGCGUCUCCAAACUUUUCUCCUCGCCGUUUCUCUUAUUGGCACGGCCAUAGCUAUGGCCAUUAGUCCCAGAAUUGAGACAAACUCUGAAGUCGCUGCCGAGGGUGCUCUUGAGGCACAGCCGAAUCGUGACGAUUGGUGAUGGUUUCCGAGCUUUGAGGUCCAAAUCAAGAUCUAGUGGACGGAGGAAAUGUGGAAAACGGGGACCAAUAGCAGCGCGUGAUAAUAAGUCGAAUAUGGGAUGCCACGGCUUCGAAUGCGUCUUUUAUGUGGAAUUCGGUCA